AUCAAACAAUUCAUACUGAAUUAACUGAUCGACCGGAACGCAUCGAUAGGGCCAGUAGGAUUCUGGAGUCAUAAACGGUGACUAGUAACUAGUGACGAUGCGCUCAUUUGUAGUGUUAACCAUUGCUGUUGCAGCCUUUGGGCUAGCAGCAGCUCAUCACCCUCGAUCGGCGGCAGAAGUUGCCGUUGACAUCUACAGGACCUGCCUCAAUGAUGUGAACAUGAAGUGUGUCAAAUCGAAAGCCCUUUCGUGGCUAAGCAAAGCAGUUGAAGAAGACGAAAUCAAGAUAACCGACACUUUAACCAUCGUUCGGACUGGUACUGAAGAUGAAGAAGCUCCAGAAGUGAAGGAACAACAGCGUAGCAAUCAGGCUGUCUAUCUGUUGAACAAAAUUGACUCGUUCCUGUCUACACAUGCCCUGAAGAUGCAGACUCCGGAAGUGUUGAAGUCAGAGGAAGCCCGCGCCUACAUUCCCGAUGCAUUGUUGAAGGGAGGACUUUCCGAAGAUUUGGUAGUUCCGCUGACUGAAGGAAACGUUGCUGAAGGCCGUGGCUUUGUGAAGAAAGUCAUGAUUCCCUUCCUACUCGGAAUCAAAUUCAAAUCGACCGUUUUGGUUCCACUUGCUCUGGCGUUGAUUGCCCUGAAGACCUGGAAGGCAAUGACCCUUGGUCUGCUGUCUAUGGUUCUGUCUGGUGCAAUGGUCAUCUUCAAGUUCGCCAAGCCAAAGAUUGUAAACUAUGAAGUGGUGCAUUACCCGCCACCUCACCAUGCCCACCACGUGGACCAUCACAUCGAUCACCAUCACAUUGCCGCCCAUCCUCACGUGCACUGGGAUGCUCCAGCCGGUUGGAAGAAACGAUCUCUGGACGGUGAUGCCCAGGAACAGGCCUACGCCGCUCAUCUGUAAACGAACACUGCUCAAUUAGCUCAGGUAGUCCGACCGAAGUGGAAUCGAUCCAAAGCUAUAAUUUAUUUAUUUAUUGAAGAAUGUGACCGUGAAUAAAUGUUGAUACUUGCUUUAA